AUGUCAAUAUUGGGCGGCGCCGGUGAUGCGCGCCCGUUCAACCCGGACGACUUCUGCCAGCGCCUGGGCGACUCCGGGCCUCAGCUCACCACCGGAAUCAAAGGAGACUGGGUGGGGCUCUACCGACGCUUCUUCCGUUCGACCAACUUCAGCCACUGGUUCAACGAGCGUCACGACGAUAUCAGCCGCAAGCUGCAGGCCCUGCACUUGGAGGCGCUCAGUGACGCGGACGUGCUGACCUGGGUCAAGGACAAGCAGGAGGUGGAGGUGGUGGACCUGGUGUUGCGGCUGCGGCGCAAGCUGGCUGACGCCGACACAGACCGACUGCCGGUGCACGCCAGCACGUUGGCCAAGCUGCGGCUCCAGCUGCGCGACGUCACGCGCAGCCUGCCCGAAGACGUGCGCGCCGUGCUGAAGCACCGCUUCUGCCAGCCGGACGUGCCGAGCUGGUGUUCGGCGGCGCGCCGACUGGGACCGGUCGAAGCGGGGGUCCGCCGCUGA